CUGUGACUUUUGAAGAUCACCAUUGCCAUCAUUGCCAGUCACACCGGGGUGCAUGGUUGGUUCAAGACGGGGCCUUCGACGGGCGCAGAGUAGUUGGAGCGUGGAUUUUUUUGAUCUGACAGCGCGACACCAUGUCCAAGGGUGUGAGUGAUGAAGGGCUGAUCUUCGAAACCAGCGAAGACGUGGAGGUCCUUCCAACCUUUGAUGCGCUGGGAUUGAAGGAGGAUCUUCUGCGUGGCGUCUACGCGUACGGCUUCGAGCGACCCAGUGCGGUUCAGCAGCGUGCCAUCCUUCCAAUUCUCAAAGGUCGGGAUGUCAUCGUGCAGUCGCAAAGCGGCACCGGAAAGACUUGUGUCUUCUGCCUUGGAGCCCUGCAGAGUGUGGAUACUAGCUCCAGAGAACCGCAGGCUCUCUUCUUGUCACCCACGCGAGAGCUGGCGGAGCAGAGUCAGAAGGUCUGCCUGGCCCUUGGAGAUUAUCUCAACGUCCAGGUGCACGUGUGCAUUGGAGGAAAGCGCGUCUCGGACGACAUCCACACCUUCGAAGCGGGUGUUCAGAUUGUGUCAGGCACUCCGGGUCGAGUCUUCCACAUGAUCCAACAGCGACACUUCAGCACUCGACACGCUAGGGAAACACACACUAUGGCGCCUGCUGCCAUGUCCUUCGUGCGACUGCAUGCGCUGCGGCGGCCCUUGGGCUUUGCGCUGCUGGGAUUAUGCGGCUUGGGACAGAAGCCCUUCCUCUCAGCGGCCGGCGGAGCCUUACCAUUGGACGAGCUUUCGGCCCUGCACCAGAAAUUUGGCGGCGAUGCCAGCGUUUGGGCCAAUCAACCCAUGCCACAGAGGGCUCGAAGUGGAGGCACCAUCUCUGCCUUGAGCGUUCAAAUCCCAGCACUAGAGCGACUGGCGCCAUAUUUGAGGCCCGGUGCCUCCGUCUUCGACCUGGGCUUCGGCUCGGGGGUCAUGACCGCCAUGCUCCUGGCAGCGGCUCCGUCGUCGGGGGUCCGGGUGAUAGGCGUGGACCUGGAGGACAAGGUGAAGGUGGCCACGGAGAACAUGUUGAAAACGAGUGGUCCAUUUCGUUUCCAAAGAGAACAGUUUGAGUUUCUGGGCGGCGAUGCUUUCCACUAUCUGCAGAGAUGGAAGGACGAAGGGAAGACCUUCGACGUGGUGUACAGCGGAUGUUCCUUUGAUCCGGACACCCAGCAGCUCGCCCUCUUUCUGGGCCGACUGAAACCCACUGGAGCUGCGGUCUUCAACUUGGGAAAUCCAGGAAAACAAGGCAUGUACUUUGUGGCAGAUGGUGGGAAAAAAUGCGAACUCCUCAUGCGGGUGAAUUUCAUGAUGGCUGAAAGCCCUCUGACGCCUCCGGCCUCUGACUCCGUGCCUCUGGAUCCUUCCAGGCUUGGCCAGUGGAUACAGCAGAACAUCUUUACAGACAAGGAACUGUGAACAAAAA